AAGAUGCCAGUUGAAAAGAAGAUCUCAAUCAUUCUACCUGUAUUCGGAGUAACAGGUGCAAGUAAAACUUCUCACUAUUGUGAAUAUUGUGUAUAAAUAGCUAAUUAUGUCUUGCGGCGGAUCGUGCGGAAGAGACUUGACAAAAGAAUUAACGGCUGAACAGUACCAUGUUACGCAAGAAGCGGGCACUGAAGAGCCUUUUACUGGAAAAUUCAAUGAUCAUCACGAAGUAGGGACUUACAUUUGUAUCGUUUGCAGCAAUCCACUAUUCAGCUCUGAAACCAAAUAUGACUCUGGUUCCGGUUGGCCAUCGUUCUACAAAACCCUUCCGUACGAAGCAGAAAAGGAAACCGUUGAGAGAAAACCGGAUGAUUCCAUCGAAGGAAGACCUAGAAUUGAAGUGGUGUGCACAAAGUGUCAAGCUCAUUUGGGCCAUGUUUUCCAAGAUGGACCACAACCGACUGGAGAACGUUUUUGCAUCAAUAGUGUGGCCAUUGAUUUUGCACCAAAGGUAGAAGACGACGUCCAAGAAAAAAAUUAGGUUUUUUAGCAAUGACAACUUGUUAGUUAAUGAAUGGUUAUCGUGUAUGCUUUUAUUUUAUGUAGUGUAAAAAAUACCAAUAAUUACUCAGUUUAAAUAA